AUGUUAGCGGUGGGGGCGAUGGAGGGCACCCGGCAGAGCGCUUUCUUGCUCAGUAGCCCGCCCCUGGCCGCCCUGCACAGCAUGGCCGAAAUGAAGACCCCGUUGUACCCCGCCGCGUACCCCCAGCUACCUGCCGGCCCCGCCUCCUCCUCGUCCUCCUCGUCUUCCUCAUCGUCGCCCUCUCCGCCUUUGGGCGCCCACAACCCAGGCAGCCUUAAGCCCCCGGCCGCGGGGGGGCUCUCGUCCCUGGGCAGCCCCCCGCAGCAACUCUCGGCAGCCACUCCACACGGUAUCAACGACAUCCUGAGCCGGCCCUCAAUGCCCGUGGCUUCAGGGGCCGCCCUGCCCUCCGCCUCUCCCUCCGGUUCCUCCUCCUCCUCUUCCUCGUCCACCUCCGCUUCCUCGGCUUCGGCCGCUGCCGCCGCGGCUGCUGCCGCCGCAGCCGCUGCCUCCUCUCCAGCGGGGCUGUUGGCCGGCCUGCCCCGCUUCAGCAGCCUGAGCCCGCCGCCGCCACCGCCGGGGCUUUAUUUUAGCCCCAGUGCCGCAGCUGUGGCCGCUGUGGGUCGGUACCCCAAGCCGCUAGCGGAGCUGCCCGGCCGGACGCCUAUCUUCUGGCCAGGAGUGAUGCAGAGCCCGCCCUGGAGGGACGCGCGCCUGGCCUGCACCCCUCAUCAAGGAUCCAUUUUGUUGGACAAAGACGGGAAGAGAAAACACACGAGACCUACGUUCUCCGGCCAGCAGAUCUUUGCCCUGGAGAAGACUUUUGAACAAACGAAAUACUUGGCAGGGCCCGAGAGGGCCCGCUUGGCGUAUUCUUUGGGGAUGACGGAGAGUCAGGUCAAGGUCUGGUUCCAGAACCGCCGGACCAAGUGGAGGAAGAAGCACGCGGCGGAGAUGGCCACGGCCAAGAAGAAGCAGGACUCGGAGACCGAGCGGCUCAAGGGGGCUUCGGAGAACGAGGAGGAGGACGACGACUACAACAAGCCGCUGGACCCCAACUCGGACGACGAGAAAAUCACACAGCUGCUGAAGAAGCACAAGUCCGGCGGCGGCGGCGGCCUCCUGCUGCACGCGUCCGAGACUGAGGGCUCGUCCUGAGCGCC